CCAACAUAGACAACAGAAAACAUUUCCAGUUACGGCUCCGGGAAAAUGGGCUUCUGCGGGCGUCCAUCCCUGGCUUGCCACGCGUGCCGAAAAGCCCGUGUAAAGUGUGAUAAAAAGAAGCCCGUAUGCGGCCAGUGCAUGCGCAAAGGAAUCGAAUGUCCAGGCUAUAGAGACCCCUCAGUAUUUGUCUUCCGAGACCAAACCGCCGAAACGGCGAGAAGGGCGGCAAAUCACCCGUCAGACGCUUUAAUAGAGCAUCAGUCAUCUGAGCUCUCCAUGUCCAGAGAUACAUUAAAGCGGCCCAAGAAGCCCCCCAUAGGAUACGCCAUACCAAGGCCAUUGCCGGUUUCCAUCGAAGCCGCCGCACUCGACCACUUCUUCAAGUUUUAUGCUCCUGUCGGGGCUUUGAAAUACUUGAAACAUCUCAGCACACACUUUGCCACCUGCAGUCAGCCAAAGGCAGCCCUUCUUGCGCCUGCACUAGCAAUCUUUGCCCAAGAGCUAAAUCAACCCGCCUUGAAACGCUUCGCCAUGAUGCAGUAUUCGGCGGCUGUGCGAGAUACGAACCAUGCACUAUCGACGCCGGGCCUAGCUACAGAGGAUGCAACACUCGGUUCUGUGAUCCUCUUAGGUCUCUAUGAAGCCUUGACAUUCGACGGCAGCAAGUCUCCCACAAACUGGGCCAACCAUAUAGAAGGGGCUCUGCAGCUUGUGGGAAUGCGCAGUGAUGCACAAUUUGAUACUACACUUGGCCGCGCGCUAUUCAUCGAUGUAGCAGACUGUGCCCGACUCUCCUAUCACAAGCGACUUAUCCCUGUACCGCCAUCACUGGUACGUCUAGAGAAGAAGCUUCGGAAGGAUGGCCCGCUCGAGGGCGAUAUGUCCCAUAUUUCGGAUGGCAUCGCGGCCAUGAUUGCCGGUAUGACGGACAAGUCGUCCGAUAGAUACCAGCCAGUUCGUGUGGUUGCGCAGGGCCGCUUACUAGAGCUUGAGAUUCGCAGGUUUACCGAAACACUUUGGGACAUGCAACCAUACACUCAGCAUCCGGAUGCGACGGCAUACAACGGCAUCGCCCAUUCAUAUAAAUCGGCGCACGGAGGCCGCCACUGGAACGGGCUGCGUCUGAUGGCCAUGUUUGUCAACAAGUGGAUUUGCAGGGCUGCCAAUGAGGCCAUCGCGGCCCAGCUUAGCGGCUUUCAGAUUUGUGCCGUCUCAGAGAUGACGGGCAUUAUCGAGGCUGCCACAGGUCAGGUCAAUAAGAUGGCAGAGGAUGUCUUGAGUAGUAUUCCGUUUUUCAAGACGCAAGCAGAGGCAAGAUGCAGUUCUGUAGCGUUUGCUAGAUGGCUCAUUUGGCCGUUGACUGUCGUGGCUACAUCGACAUUAGUUCCUGACGAGGCCCGUUUGUAUGCAGAACUUCAGUUACAGAGCUGCAAGGAGGUCGUUGGAAUCAAGCAGGCCGAAGGCGAAAGUGCAGAGCCAGCUAGACCCGAUGAUUGGUACGUAACAAAUAUUUUUUGUUCCUUACAAAAUAUUAACUUUUCCCAGGCUGCAUCCAUUUAUUCACUCGUAGUAUAUAUAAAGCACCUCUUAGCUAUAGGGGAUGGAACAUUCUUCUCACGCCACCAUCAUAGAAAAAGGUGUAGCUGAUUCCGCCACGCAUUCUCUAAUCCCCGAAAUAUAAUUAUAAGAAUAAAUAAUAACCACCACUUUUCAAAAUACAAUUAGUUGAAUCCCGU